CUGUCCAAUAUUUUCCAAGAGAACAAGUCUCGUGAAAAUACGCCACAAUUCGGUUUUGCCAUCGAAUUGCUCCAAUUUACUGACGGAACAAUCGACUACACCGAUACACAUCGGAAUCUCGACAUAAGAAUCGAAGGCGUUUCUAUUGAUGUAAAUGGACCUCUUAGCACAUGGAAGCAUGACGGAACGUUUAAAAUUAAAAGUGGUAGUUUCAAGUUCAACGGUGCCGAGACUGCGAUUGAUAACUUUGAUGCCGAUUUUCAGAUCUUAGCGAGCGGUAGUAAAUUAGAUAAACUCCAACUGAAAUUUGGCAAUUCAAAUUUGACAGUCACAGGUGAAUUUAACCACGGAGAAACCCCUGUCUCUUGGAACAGCACGCUCAAUUUGCUAUUAGAUGUCGCAGAUGUAGCACCGUUCUUCGGUGAAGACAUCGAACUUGAAGGCAUUGUAGACGCAACGCUGACAAUGGACGGUGCGGAUUCCGCUUUAGCAGGCACACUCUCUGUAGAAAUGCCAACGUUCUCCGCCGUUCCCGCGGAAAACAGCCCCAAAAUAGCGUUGACAGCACUACAUGUUGACUCGGAUUUCAACUCUGAACCCACCCCAAUACUCACAUUAAAAAAACUCAGUGUCCAAGUCGCCGACGGCACCGUGGUCGGUGAUGGUAGCAUCACGUUAGAAAACGCGUUGGAAGGCAAUCCGUUAACACAACUUCAACAACUAACGCUCCAUCCGAUGCGCUACCGUGGAAAAUGGGAUGCUACAAAAAUACAACUGAUUCCCCUGCUGUCAAUGUUCGUCCAAAUACCAGAAAACCUUGUAGACAGCACAGGACUUCUCUCAAGCAGCGGAGAGCUUAACGGAAAUAGUACAGACACCUCAAGCCUCGAACUCGACAGCAAGAUAACGCUGAUAGAGACAACCCUCGACGAAGUGGAACUUAACGAUUCAACGUUCAAUUGCACAAUAGCCGCGGGUCCCUUCCCCUUGGAACGACAAGACGCUUUGGAGAUUCACGCGACGGACAUCAAUUUCGAUGACCUGAUGAAAAUUGCCAACAGUACGGAUAUCGGCGGCACAGCGGAAUUGUCUGCAAAACUAUCGGAUGGCACAUUGACGGGGUUUAUGGAGAUCCCGAAUGCGACCUUCAACGACAUUCCGAUCGGUGUUUUAUCAGGGUGA